ACGAUAAGGUGGUCACCUCAACAGGGUCACCUUUCACUUCGACCAUAUAAAAGCAGGGGUUCGUCCUGGUUAGAGACUCAUCUUCUACUUUGACCACUUCAUCGUCUCAUCAAACACACACCCACACCACUACCAAAAAUGAAAUUCGUGCUCGUCUUGGCUUUGGCCCUCGCCGUCUCCGCCGCCCCACAAGGCGACAAGGACACCCAAAUCGUUAAGUCCGACUACGAGAACCCCGGAGAUGGCUCUUACAAAUUCAACUACGCCCUCAGCGACGGAACCACCCGUGACGAAUCCGGAAACCUGAAGCGAGUUGGAGAUGUUGAUGCUCAAACUGCUGAGGGCACUAUCUCCUGGACCUCCCCCGAAGGUCAGGUCAUCACCCUUCGAUUCGUCGCAGAUGAGAAUGGCUACCAACCUCAGGGUGACCAUUUGCCCAAGUAAGAACUUUUUCCCAAAACGCGAAAAAAAGCUCUCCGGCAUCAAAAGAAUUCUAAAAUUUAUUUAUUUAAAACGUGAUCAAAUAUGAGCUUCUAAAUCAGAAAUGAUGAACAAUAAAAAAAACUUAUUUAUUUGUGAUAACAGAAAAAAA